AAGUGUGUGCGCGUGUGUGAGCGAAUUUGAAUACGUUGAUAGUGUGAUUUCUUCAUGUAAACAAUUGAUUCGAAUUGAAACUUCCACGAACAACAAAACCACACGGUGCUGCUAAAAAACCCAUGAGUCACCUGACGUGGCCGCCGUGCCUCUCUCUCUCUCUCUGACCGAUAAUUUCCCCGCCCGAGCGCCCAAUCAACGUCGGGGAAGUACCUAAACCGAACGGAGGAGGAGCAUUCGACAUCGUUACGAAAAGCCAACCAUUCACGGAUUCAUUUACGUUUUGUUGCUCCAGCGCCACGGUCGAGAUCUUUUUACCCGCGACGCAAUUUCAAAAACAAAUAGAUAAAAUAGAUACAUGUGUAUAUGUAUAUGUGUGUGAUUGGUAUCAUUAAGUAAAAUGAGCCAUAUUUUCGAUUUGGACAAGGGCAAGAAUGUUCCGUACAUGAACGAUACCUCCAGUGGAUAUAGCAGCGGAAAUUCGACAACAUCCGCAAUGUCGCCAGCACAUUCCCCCGAAACGGCGCUUCAAACUGAUUUUGCAAAUCUGAUUCUACCACCAGCGAACUCACCUCAGACAAUGCAGAGUUCACCAUACCAGCUGUUUAAUACCGACGACACGAGUUUUGGAAACAUUUAUAUGGAUCCGGAUCACCAAUACUACGCCCAGUCCGUGGACGCAAGAGCACAGAACUUUGGAUACCAUCGAAGCAAUGGUGUGGUGUCCAAAACUGAGCUCGGGCACAUGCCCGCUGCCCUGCGCAUCGUGGAACAACCUGUGGAAAAGUUUCGCUUCCGAUACAAGAGCGAAAUGCACGGGACACAUGGCUCGCUCAACGGCGCCAACUCGAAGCGCACACCGAAAACGUUUCCCGAGGUGACGCUCUGCAAUUACGACGGACCGGCGGUGAUACGGUGCAGCUUGUUCCAGACGAACCUCGACAGCCCGCAUUCGCAUCAGUUGGUGGUGCGCAAGGAUGAGCGCGAUGUUUGCGACCCGCACGACCUGCAUGUGUCCAAAGACCGCGGCUAUGUGGCCCAGUUCAUCAACAUGGGCAUCAUACACACGGCCAAGAAGUAUAUUUUCGAUGAGCUCUUCAAAAAGAAGCAGGAUCGCCUGGUGUUCGAGAUGAAGCGUCGCGAGUUGUCCACCAAGGAGGUGCAGAAGCUGCACCAGGAGACAGAGCGCGAGGCCAAGGAUAUGAAUCUGAAUCAGGUGCGUCUCUGCUUUGAGGCCUACAAGAUUGAGGACAAUGGCAAUUGGGUGCCCAUUGCCACACCCGUCUUCAGCAAUGCGAUCAACAAUCGCAAGUCGGCGCAAACGGGAGAGCUGCGCAUUGUGCGGCUGAGCAAACCCACGGGCUCUGUGGUGGGCAACGAUGAACUCAUCCUUCUCGUGGAGAAGGUCAGCAAGAAGAACAUCAAGGUGCGCUUCUUUGAGGAGGACGAUGAUGGGGAGACCGUGUGGGAGGCGUAUGCCAAGUUCCGUGAAUCGGAUGUCCACCAUCAGUAUGCCAUCGUGUGCCAGACGCCACCCUACAAGGACAAGGAGGUGGACAGGGAGGUGAAUGUCUCCAUUGAGCUGAUACGACCCUCAGACGAUGAGCGCUCCUUCCCGCCCCUGCCGUUCCGGUAUAAGCCGCGCGACGCCAUCGUCUCGCGAAAACGCCGGCGCACAUGUUCGAUGGCCACCAACAGCAGUUCGGGCAGCAGUGCCCAAAACUCGCUGGAUCUGCCCAAGACCCUGGCUCUGGCCCAGCCGCAGGCAGUGCCACAGGGACAGCAAAUGCCCAUGGGGGAAGGGUCCUACAUUUACCACGAACAGACCAUUAGCCAGGAGUUUCCCAAGGACAUUUUUAUCCAGGACCUGAUGCCAUCCAUGCCAUCGAAAGAAUUUUACCAGAAGAUCGAGACAAGUCCCCAAGUGGUCCAGGAAAUGUGCGAUAUGGUAAAUUUGUACAGUCCGGUUGGCACGCUGGUGGAAGAUGGCCACGGCCGGGCAGCGGAGCGACCGCCUCCCCCAACGGCAGCACCCAACCGCAAUUGGACCCCGCACUUUUUGAGUGCCAUCUUCAAGAUCUACGAGGGGCAUCGACGGGCGCCAAAUGACACGUCGCGAAAACAGGUGGAGGAGAUGUUCACGGAACACGCCCUGCGGAACGACAACAAUGACACGCUGCUGCAUGAGGUGAUCAUCAGCCAGCGCACGGAAGGACAGCUGACGCAGGCCAUCCGAACCAUCGAGGUGAUGAAAUACUUUAAGCUGCACGAUCUGGCGAACAACGCACUCAAUGCGGAUGGGGAUAGUGCGCUACACGUGGCCUGCCAGCAUGAUCGCGCCUACUAUAUCCGUCCACUGCUGAGCCUUGGAUGUAGUCCGAAUCAGCAGAAUCAUGCGGGAAAUACGCCACUGCAUUUGGCUGUGAAGGAGGAGCGAAUGUCCUGCAUCGAUAGCUUCCUAAAGGGUGGCACUGGCAGUGGCAAUGGAGCGCCCACCGUUAGGCUCGACCUUUCGCUCAAAAAUGACGAUGGAUUGACGCCACUGCAUAUGGCCAUACGGCAGAAUAAGUACGAUGUGGCCAAGAAGCUGAUCAAUCACGAUCGCAGCUCCAUUAGCAUCGCAAACACAAAGGACGGCAACAAUGCCCUGCACAUGGCGGUGCUCGAGCAGAGCCAUGCACUGAUUGUGCUCAUUGUGGAUGCUCAGGACACUAGUCUUUCGGACAUACUCAUGGCACGCAAUGCAGCCGGCUAUACGCCGCUGGAGCUGGCUCGCUCGAAGGGCGAUGAACAGGUGUUACAGCUGCUGGAUAAGGUGUAUUCGGAGAAGAACGACCCGGCGGCCAUGACCUGGAUACCCAACAAAAUCAAAGAGGAACUAGACACUUCCUCCGAUGAGAGCAGCGAGGCGGCGCUCGAGAUCAAAACCGAGGAGAUGGACAUCAAAACGGAAACUGAAGAAGACAGCUGCGAAAAGGAAUUGGACGGCCAUGAAGUGGUUGGCAACGAGACGGAAGUGGAGACAAGCACUAAUCCCAGAUACAAUCUGCAGCUUUUGUUAAGCAACAAGCAGCGAUUCCAGAAGCUAAAGACUCUGCUAAACGAACCGAUUGGCAGCGGACCGGAUGCCCAGCAGCCCAAAUGGAAGCACUUGGCUCGCAUUUCGCAUAUGGAACGUUUCAGUUUCUUUUGGAUGGACGCCGGGGCCAUGCUCGAUUACAUACAGAACAAUGCCAAGUGCAUGGAGUACAGCACCUUUGCACUGGCCCUCGAGAUGAUCGAUCCGGAUGCAGCGGCACUUCUUAAUCAGGACUAGAAUUGAAUGCCUUACAGAGAAAAUACAUAUUAAAAUAUGUAUAUUUGAUCAAUAAAUUACCAGUUAAGUUGAUAUAUUCCUAAUCUUUACGACUAUAAGUGAAA